AUGCAAGUCUAUGGCCAAGAACUACACAAUGAUGCUCGCAAUCAAUGUCUAUCCGAGGUGGAACGCAUCAUAGAUUCUCCCAGCAAUGCCAUCCCACCAGAUCUAUUGCCAAUCUUCUCCGAGACGUACUUUGAAAAUUGCUAUGCAUGGUGUCCUGUCCUCGACCGGCUCAGCAUAUAUCGCAGUCUAGGAGCAUCGCCUCUCGUGUCGAAUGCACUGGCACUGGCCGCAAGUCACCUUCACCCUCCCAUGCUGCCUCAUGAUGGCCCCGUCGAAUACUACAAACGCGCCCGGAGAAUGUUCUACGACGACGAGGAACCCAAUCUGAUCAGCUGUUUGAAGGCUCUUCUAUUGUUCUACUGGUGGGCACCAAGAUCUACAGCCGCCGUACAUCGUCACUCAUCGUGGUGGUGGACUUCUCUUGUCAUUCGACAGGCGCAGUGGAUGAACCUGCACCGCGAUCCGCCGCCCAUGCACGCACCGCCUGAUGACCUUGGUUUGAGACGACGCAUCUGGUGGACUGCCUUCGCGAGGGAGAGGCUGACGGCACUCUGUCAGAGCAAGCCAGCAAUCAUCGAUUCACGGGACUGCAGCGUGCCAGAUCCGACUCUGAAUGACUUCCCUGCCAAGAUGAUCGAUGCAGACCGAGUCAAAGCUGAAGUGUUCAUAUACUGGGUGAGACUUUGCGCCACCAUCGGGAGAACCGCACAACAUCUUUCAAGAACGCCCAAAGUGACCUCGCCCUUUCCCAGAGUUCUUGCCGAUGAGCUGAUCACCUGGAGCAAAUCUUUACCGCCCCAUCUAGUAUUACCAAUCGACGCCAGCCACACGCAUAUGUUCAACAAAGAUGUACACCAGCUUUAUCUACCAUACCUCUGCACAGUGAUUGUGCUACAUCUCAAACGCCCAUACGGGUCGAAUGCCUUACCCCAAGCACUACCACCGGCCAUCAUGGCUGCGACAUGCGUGGCACGCAUCUUUCGUGACAUCCUGGCUAGGGGCGACACACGAUUCCUGAUGGCUAUUACCAGCUGGUACUGCGGUGUCACCUUUGUCGCUCUGCUUUCGGCAUCUCAAGAUCCAGCACUUUCAGAAGCCGCCAAUGCCGACCUCGAAAUUGUCGUGCUUCUGUGCAAGCAGCUGUGCAAUAUGUGGGCUUCGGCGACUGUCAUCUAUAACGGCUUCGAUCGCCUGCGCAAAGCAGCCGCGAGAGAAGGCAGCAGCGACGGCUCCGUUCCGACGCAAGCCGCCGAGGCGCUCAUGUCUAUCAACGGUGCUGCUUAUGCUCAAAGUCCAACAGAAACACUAUACACGCCGGGCUCUUUGGAUUGGAUGUCAUAUUUCGGCUUCGUGACACGAGACACCAGCAGACUGGCUUCGAUCUUGAUCGCAUUCAAAAACAAUAAUGAAUUCGGCCUGAAAGCUAUGCUGCCAGAUUCAUCGCUAUUGGAUUUACAAGACUGGUUCAGUGAGCUUCAAGGAACGGAAUUCGUUUUGACGGAUGACGUGGCGUUUGUAUAGAGUAGGCCAUGAAUUUGACACAUCUCAAGCUUACUUCUUUACCCAUGCUUCUCUUCCGAGCUCGCAGCCCUCGGCAUAACCAGUAACAGCCUUUGCCAAGUGGGUCAAGCUUCUCCGCACUUGCACUUGCAGGUACGCAAAGUCUCCUUUUAAUACGCGCUGUAUCCAUAGCAUCGGUGGAUCCUAUUAUUCUCAGCCUGAUCAUCAAAGUCCUCCCAGCCGUAUUCAUCAUGGCCUCAGCCUUACCGGCCACCAUGUUCGCUUGGCGAAAGCAUAGAGGUAUUGACGAAGCUGUAAUA